GAAAAGAAAAAAUCAAACAACUAGAAAAAGCUUGGACCAUAACAAAUCAAACCAAAAAAGAAAAAAUGGCAAUCCUCAUCUCACCAUUUUCAUACACACCAAAAACUUCUUCUCUUUACAUUAGUCCCAAAAUAUCCAACUCCAAAAAUGGCUAUAAUUGCAAUAAUUACAGUAGUACACAUUUUGGUUCCACUAUUUUUUGUUCAUCUCAACUUAAAGAAACUUUUUCAACAACCCCACAACCAAUCUUGAUUGAUAAAUCAUGUUUGAGUGUAUAUGAAGCUAAAUCUGAAAAUGAAUUAUGGGCUGCUUCUUCUCUACGUGUUAGAACUUUUUAUGCUUUUCAUCAUGAUACCCUUAACACACAAGAUCAUACAAAGUACCUGACUGAACGCGAGUUUGAAGCACUGACGGAACGUAUUGCUGGGAAAAGAGUCGGCUUUGGAAGAGUUUCUUGCAUCAAUGCCACCCUUCCAUUUUCAAAAGUCUCAAAUGUUGCAUAUGAUUUGAGUACUUCUUGUAAAUUUUCUCAGGAUAACUCAGAUCUGGUUGUCGUCGGGACACUGGAUAUUAACCAGUGCAUCAGGCUUCCUGAUGAAAUCACAGGAGCGAAACCAAAGGGAAUCGGAGCUGAUUUUGCUAGGGGAUAUUUGAGUAAUGUAUGCGUUGCUGGAGAAUUGCAAAGAAAUGGCCUCGGCUACGCUCUUAUUUCUAAAGCAAAAAUGGUUGCUAAAGACAUGGGAAUAAGUGAUUUAUAUGUCCAUGUUGCCAUCGACAACGAGCCAGCAAGAAAGUUGUACAUGAAGUGUGGCUUUGAACAAGAGAAUGAGGAACCUGCGUGGCAAGCAAGGUUCUUAGAUCGACCUCGAAGGCUUCUUUUAUGGACAGAACUCUCCAAUUCUUCUGAUGUUUCACUGUAAAAUGUACACAAAAUUGUGAUUUUUAACUCAAGAAAGGAAAAGGCCCUCCAAGAAAUCAAAAGUUUGAGGGGGGCUAUGGGGAAAAAGA